GCAGUUCAGUUUCUCUCCUCAGUUGCCCGGGUUGCAGUCGACUCUAGGGCUAAAUCGGUUAUAACUGCUGCGGGCUCUCAGGCCUCGGAUUGUUGAUAUUUCCCCUUUUAGUUUCGACCUUAAUUUCCCCCUAAAUUCCCCCUCCGAGCAGGUAGAGAGGCCCGAGAGAAGUCUCCCCUGCGGGUUCUCUCUCCCAGCCGUGAAGCCUGCCUCUGAGAUGAAGAAGAUUUUCAACUUCGGCAAGAAGAAGGGACAGUCUCCAUCUCGCCCCUUCAUCAAGCUGCCGAGUUACUUUGGGGUCCAAACACCCUACCCCACCGAAGGAUAUCAGAUCCAGAGCAAGGACCUCGGGAAGAUCCAUAAAGCUGUCUUGCUCGGUGAUGUGGCGAAGGUGCAGCAGCUGCUGCUGCUCGGAAAAAACACCGUAAAUGAUCUGGAUAAAAUGAAGCGAACACCUCUUCACUUGGCUUGUGCUAAUGGAUAUCCAGAUGUUGUGUCUCUCUUAGUAGAGAGAAAAUGCGAACUAAACUUGUUAGAUAAUGACAGUCGAACACCUUUACUUAAGGCAAUAGAGUGUCAGCAGGAGGAGUGUGCAACAAUCCUGCUGGAACAUGGUGCAGACCCUAAUCUUGGGGAUAGCAAGAACAACAAUGCACUUCACUAUAUUGCCUCUGGUCGGACCAAAUUCAUGGCAGAAAAACUGAUUAAGCACAAAAUUGAUAUUGAAGCAAAAAACAAGGAAGGCCUAACACCGCUUUUGCUUGCAAUUACAACAAUGAACACUGAAAUGGCAGAUUUUCUCUUAAAGAUUGGAGCAAAUGUGAAUGCAUUGGAUAGCUGUAAAAGAACGGCCCUUAUGAUUGCUGUCAGUGUGGAAUCAAUAGCCUUGGUCACUCUUCUUCUUCAAAACAAUGCUGAUUACACUCUUCAAGAUAUAGCUGGAUGGACAGCUCAGACAUAUGCUGAGCGGUAUGGUUAUCCUCUGUAAGUGC